UUCGCAUAUUUUUCUUCGGAAAUUCUGCCAUAAAAAUAUGCCACAGUACUGAUAGAAAGAAAACCAUAAGAAACUCGGAGUAAAAAAAUGGAAGCAGUAGGGUCACUCUGUGUUUCUUCCUCAUCCAUUAUUGUUCGCUCAUCAAUAGAGUCAAGAACCAGCUUAUCCUACACCUCCAGCAAGAAUCUUAACCUACGCACCACCCACUUAGCAGCACUCCAUUCCCCAUCUUCAUCUCAGCUUUUUUCUAUCUCCCAUUCACGCCAUGCUAAACUACGCAGCAAGUCCACCAAAACCCAUAUUUUUCUUCCUCAUUUGGUUGCUGCCAUGGAACAAGUUGAAGUGAGUUACAUUAUGGUCAAGCCUGACGGCGUCCAACGUGGCCUUGUUGGAGAAAUAAUCUCAAGAUUUGAGAAGAAAGGAUUCAAACUAACUGGGCUAAAGCUCUUCAAUUGCCCUAAAGAAUUGGCAGAGGAGCAUUAUAAAGAUCUCAAGACAAGACCUUUCUUCCCCAAACUGAUCGGUUACAUCACUUCCGGUCCAGUUGUGUGUAUGGCUUGGGAAGGUGUUGGUGUUGUAGCAUCAGCACGUAAGCUAAUAGGGUCCACAGAUCCUCUUCAAGCUGAACCAGGUACAAUACGAGGGGAUCUUGCUGUUCAAACAGGAAGGAAUGUGAUCCAUGGCAGUGACAGCCCUGAAAAUGGGAAGCGCGAAAUAGCUCUUUGGUUCAAAGAAGGCGAAAUAUGUGAAUGGACACCAGAGCUAGCACCAUGGCUAAGGGAAUGAGUUUGCCAAAGCACUCAAAUAUAGAGACAUGCAGUUUUGAAGAGUUUUGCUGAAGCAGCUUUAUUUUAAACAAUAUGAUUUUGAAUUCAAAUAAUUAUCAGUUCAUGCACAUUCAAUUUGUUUUACUCUUCUUAAACUCGAAAAUAAAAAUAGAAUAAAAGCAAACAAUUAGUCA